GGAUCUGCCGGAGAGUUGUAUUUAAAGAAGUAGACGAGUCUCCCUCUGUCAGACUGAUCGAGACGUCCAUCAGAUCCACUGCUGUCAUCCACACUUCUCCACGUAAAGAGGCACAAUGAGAGACAUUAUCCCCAAGAACAAAAUUAAAGGUGUCGAUUUCUGUGGAGGUCAUAUCUUCACUUAUAUAAUCCGCUCUGAUCUGGGCUGUUAUAUGAGGUCAACUGAUUUACAUAAAGGUUCAGACCUCACUAUAUUCAAGCUGCAUCCCUCCUGCCAAAAUGGAGACCAUUAUUUUGCUGAUUGGUCUGGACGAUUUUACAUCAUUAAGGGUAAAUCGUACCGCAGAGUCACAGACCUGUCAAUAGACACUCAUGCUGAAGUUAAAGACAUUCAUCCAGACUUUCAGGGUGCAGAUCACUACAUCCACUUCUGUACCAUUUUUCUCAUCUUCUUCCAAGCAAAGGGAAUUUACAGAUUUACAAUAGAUCUGAGUAAUAACUUCUUUAAAUCAGAACUCAAGCUGCAUCCCAAAUGCAGUAAUGGUCUGUAUUACUGGGGUCUUUUAAAUAAGUUCUGUUUCCUGAAGCCGGUCUCAGAGUGGGGAGUGGAAUACUUCACAUGCAGCGAUCCUCAGAAAGAUGAUGGUCAUGUCUAUUCUGUUCACCCUGAUGUUGUGAACUUUCUGCCCGGUGGUCUGUCCAUAACUCAAGGUCCAGCCUUUGGCCGGUGGGAGAGUAUCAAAACUAUAAAUAUUGCCAACGACACAAAGGGGACAUGGCGGAAGAAGAUCCUUAAGAAGGUGGGAUACAACAAGGAGAAGAUGAAAGAGAUCACACACAACUGGAAGUUUGGAGCAUCAGCCACGAUUGAAUCUGGAGAUCUCGUGUCAUUAAUUGCAAAGUUCCAGUUCACCUUUUCAGCAGAAUAUGGAGGAUCAAAUGUGAACACGGAGAAGGAAAGCUGGGAUGAAGCAAAUGAAGUGGAAGAGGAACUGACACUGGAGCUGAAGCCAAAUGAGAGUGUAUAUCUGUGGCAGUACAAGCUGGGUUUUGGUGAUGAACCGAUGCUGUUCUGUCGUGAUUUAAAGAUCGACGAUGAGCCGAAUCCUCCAACUGAAAUCCCACUGCCACCUGCAAAACCAUGAGAAAACACAAGAGGUUCUUUACAUAUCCGAAAUUAGGCUGAUGCUGUAUUGUGUUCUUAUACUGGAGUCAUUUUCAGAUAAAGUAGACAUAACACUUUCCUUUAAAACACACAGCAAAAGAGGAUUAAACAACUCCCCAAACAGCAUUACCAGCUUCACUUAUUACUAACCAGAUUGACUUUAUUUCUGUCAGACCGCUACACAAGCUCUUAUUGAGAAUUAACAGAGGUUUAGAUGUUGAUGUUUUAUUCACAAUGUUUGGUCACCAUUAUGGUGAUCAGUGUUUCCUUUAGUUGAGCAGUUUGACUUUUACCAUUUUAUGUGAGAUUGUGGUUUUUGCAACAGUGUUUAACGAACAAUCAUUCUUCAUUAUCAUCAGGAGUGACCAAGCAGCACUUAAUUAAUCACCUUAUUAUCUCAUUCGCUUUAACUCUGAUUCAGAAUUACUUUUACUCUCUGUAGAGUACUCUGGGGAUUUUGCUCUGUAUCGAGAAUGGUUUAUUUUAGUGUAUCGGUAUGUAGAGGAAGUUCUGUAUUAGUUUGUUUUCACUUGGUUUCUGUGUAAAACUUUGGUUUGGGGUUUCGCUUAUCAUCUAAUAAUCUGCUUUGAAUCAUCUGCAUGAUAUAAUUCUAUUAGUUCUUUGUGUUAUCAUAUAGUUUUCUGUACUUCACUUUGUGUCAUUUAAUAUGUGAAAUAAAGUUGUAAACUGAA